CCGCGGGACUCCCGAGGUGGCGGCGGCGAUGGCGGCUGCGUCGGGUCCAGUUCGCGUGCAGCGCUGCGUGACGUCGCCGGCUGGGAGGCACAGCGCCUCUCUGAUCUUCUUGCACGGCUCAGGUGAUUCUGGACAAGGAUUGAAAAUGUGGAUCAAGCAGGUUUUAAAUCAAGAUUUAACAUUCCAACACAUAAAAAUUAUUUAUCCAACGGCUCCUCCCAGACUCCGGAAGUGGAUGUGCGUUUAUCCUGAAGUGCUACAAUCAAUACAGCACAAUUUUGAUGUGGUUUUCCUGUUCUCUUCAGUACCACCCACCUGUCCCAGAUUUUGGAUGCUUCCCAAGGGCAGAUCUACCUGGAUUGUGGGGUCCUUUCAGCCCUAUACUCCUAUGAAAGGAAGAAUCUCCAAUGUUUGGUUUGACAGAUUUAAAAUAUCUAAUGACUGCCCAGAACACCUUGAAUCAAUCGAUAUAAUGUGUCAAGUGCUUACAGAUUUGAUUGAUGAUGAAGUAAGAAGUGGCAUCAAGAAGAACAGGAUAUUAGUAGGAGGAUUUUCUAUGGGAGGGUGCAUGGCAAUGCAUUUAGCAUAUAGAAAUCAUCAAGAUGUGGCAGGAGUAUUUGCUCUUUCUAGUUUUCUUAAUAAAGCAUCUGUUGUUUACCAGGCUCUUCAGAAAAGUGAUGGUGUACUCCCUGAAUUAUUUCAGUGUCAUGGUACCGCGGAUGAGUUAGUUCUUCAUUCUUGGGCACUGAAGUAAGACGGCUAUGACCAGGACUCCAAGCACCAGAGUGAGGCAGGCAUGCAGUACUGACAGCUGUGUCCUGCAAGGCCCUGGCCCCAUCCUGAACAAAUCCCGUGGACCAUUAAGGGUGCACCCUGUGAGGCCAGCUGUCCUUCCCUUAAGUCUCCGUGUUGACCUUCUCACUCGGUUUGAGGCAUUGCACCCGGUCGUCCUAGGAUGUGGCUGUGUUGAGGAAGCAAUGAAUCCAAACCCAAAGAGGCACCUCCAGGUGGAGGCCGCGUCCCUUUGCCAGAGGCUUCAGUUGGCAACAUCUUCAGGUGCAGAGCUCAAAGGGGUCACUGAAGAUGUAGGGCGAAUUGGCACUUCUACGUCUGGUUCUUCACAAUCAGGAGAAUCGCUUUCGGUGCUUAUGAUGUGUGUAAAACAGCAAUGCCAAUUACACAUUCAUCAGUGAAAGCCAGAACAGUACUGAACCAACACAGGGCUCCCCUCCCAGGUCAUGUGAACUCCCUUUCCCCACUGUGAGCUCUGCCCCAACCCCAUUAGUUGAACUUGGGCAUACCCUCCCCCAUGGGACCAGUAGAAUGGUGACUGAGGGGCCUGUGUCCACCAGAGCCACAGACAUUUGAAUCCCUUCCCUUCCCGAUACUCCUUAACAUAUUCAAUAGAUGACAGCCUUUCAUCUUUCGGGAAUGGAGAUGUUACCCUAGCCCUGACUAGCUUCCUCCUGAAACCAGCUGAGGUCAGUGAAAGAAGAGAUGGAUCACAGGGGUGUGGGGAGGGAGGGUGCUCCACACAGUAAGCAAAUCACAUUUCAGCUUUCGGAGGCAUGCCAGCUGUUUGCAAUAAUUUAUUUACAUUUUUGGAGUCAGUUUCUCUUCAGGGAAUCAACCUCAUCAGCAUUGUAAAUGAAAUCUAGGACAAUGAGAGUCUGAAUACCAGUCAGUGCCCUGUCUGGUUUCCCAUGGGAAAAAACUCAGGGAACUUUUCCAAGAAAGCCAAAUCUCCCUAAAGCAGGCAGGACCCGCUGCAGGAAAACAAAACAAAACAACAAAGCUGUGGAGUCUUUUACUUCCAUCUUCAAAUGGAUCUAAGAGUGGCAUGGCAGACUGCAGGAGAGGCUGGUCCGCAGCAUGGCCCAGCUGUUCUGUUCUUACGGAGCUUACCCCACAAUGCCCGCCCUCUUCCAGGUAAGCCAGAGAACGUUCUAAAGAUUUGUGUGGUCUCUAGAGAUUGCACAUUUCCUUCCACACCCAUGCAGGUAUGUGUCUGCAACUGUUGUCUGAAAGGGCAGAAGCUUCUGCCCCUCCAGAACUAAUGUCAGCAGUAGGUACUGAAAAGGGGUGGGUCCAAGGCUGAGGAUGUCCGAAGUCCUCCCACCUCGGAGAGAAGUAGCAACAAACAGUACCGUCUGGAUAAAUGACCCCUUUCCUUAGCCUACAAUUGCCUCCCUAAUUUCUCCUCGUUAAGAGGAAGUCACAGGGCAGACCGUUUAUUGGCCGAUUGACCAUUCCAUUUGGUCAACUUGUUUGCUGCCAUUGCCCAUGGCCCUCCCCCAAGUUCUGGUAAUCACCCUGCAGAGCCUUCCUUCUUUCCUUUCUAGUACUUUUAAUAUUUUAGAAAAUGAGAGUGAAAUUUCAUUUGAAGUACUGAAAGAACUUCUAUAAAAAUGUAAAUUAUUUUAAAACAUAUUUUCCAUGUGUUCCCCUCAAGUUAUUCUGGGCAUUACCUUUGUGAUUUUAUGUAGGCCUUUUGUUUUGGAUUGGUUGUGAAAGCCAUAUGUGAUUUUUAUAUUGGGAAUAGAAUUAAUGGUUUUAUGAUGAAUAGUGGACAUCCUGUUUUGAAGAAAUCAUAUUUUGGGCAAAAUGCCCAUAAGAAACUUAUGUUUUUGCCAGUAGUACAGAGCCUCUGGGUUGUUUUAUUUUUAAGAAGUGAUGAGAAAAGGUUGAUGUUUUUGCAUGCUAUUUUGAAUUCAUUUUAGGGGUGAUUUCAAAAUAGCUUGUUACUUCACUUUUUGUUAUAACUAACUCAUAAUUGUUUUUCUUUUUUGUUUUGGCUUCUUGUUUCACUACCUACUAUUGAGGGCAUAGUAUUACUUUGUUAAAAAUCACUGUGUUUUCAUUUUCUGUUUCCCUCUUUCUUCCCAACCCAAUUUUGUCUAGUCAGUUGUUGUCUUGUCCUGUAGAAACUAGAGAUACACUUGACAUAUUAGUUACUUCAUGUAAUAAUUUUGGCCACGUUAGGCAUGCUUUCCAUUGCCAAUGAAAGUAUUGAAAUUGAAAAUUUGGGUGGGGGUGCCUGUGAGAAACAGAAGUCUUUCUCUUGGGCAUUGAGUAUUGGGCUUGGUUUCUCUAUCAGAAACCAAGAGAGGUGUUAAAACCAAAGCUCACAGUGUGCAACUGGCAGACUCAAGUAAGUGGUUCUCUUUAAAGAUUUCACUUCAACAGCAAUAAAUCUCUUAAGUUAAAAACAGGAUUUUUAAAUGGCAGAUGAAAAACAUCAAUUUCAAAUGGUAGCUGAAAUACAUUUUUUUUCCCUAGGUUUCUUAACUAUCCUGUGAAAUGUCAAGUAGAUUUCAGGGCAACUGGUUAACUUUGGCUUAGAGUUCUGCCAGAGAAUCCAAACAAUGUUUAUUGCUGGAGGGAAUUCAGAGAUUAUAAUUUUACACAUAUGGAAACUGAGAUCCAAAGUCAGGUGACGUACUCACAGUCCUGCAUAAGCAGGGCAAAAACAUAAUACUCGUUUCUGAUGCUUUUUCACUGUGCUUCAGUGGCGUAGUGGUAAUGUUCAGAAAGCACAGCUAAAAAUUCACAUAAAUUUCAAACAUUUUAGAUACAGAGCCAUUACCUUUGCUUUGUAGAUAUUUUAUAUCCAUGCUGCCUUUGGCUCUAUUUUUACUGUUUUCUAAAGGAAUGUAGUGGUUUCUCUCACUGCCUCAGUGUAGUACGAGGCCCAACCUAAUUUUCAAGUCAUGCUAUAGAUUUAAGAGUGUUUAAAAAGAUUAUUAAUCAUUUCUACUAGAGUUCUAGUUUCUGAAUCCCAUAACCUGAUUCAGUCCUUAUCUUACUUGAUAUCUUUAGAAGAUUUGACGCUCUGAUUAACCCCUGAAUUACCUGAUCUGGAAACUGGAGUCUUCCAGUCUGUUUUUUCUGGUAUCUCUAGAUUGUGGUAUUUCUGUCUUUUUCCAUAGCUCCUUCACUGUUAGUCUCUUAAUGUGGAGGCUCCUUCUGGUUCUGUUUUUCCCUUUUAUUCUGUCUCUGGGUGAUCUUCCACCUCUGUGGCUUUAUACUGCUGGUUCCAUAUCUGUACCUCUGGCCUCAAGCUCUCAUUCUAGCUGCACAUCCAAGUGUUGCACUUUCUGCCGGAGCUCCCCACCACCCCUCCUGAUUCUCAGACAAGCUACUAUACCUUUAAUAUGUUCAAAACCAUGCAUGAUUUUCACACUUACCAAUGUGUGAUUUGAGUUUUAAAAAACAAAAACUAAUCUCUGCAAGUUGUUUUUUCCUCACCUGUAAAAUGGGUUUGUUAUGAAAAUAAAUAUCAAGAACCCAACACAGCAGCUGAGAAUAACUGCUUUUGUUGUUCAUUCCCAUGCCUACUUCUCCUAUUCUAAUCAGUUUUAAAUACCAUUUAUUCCACAUAAUAAUGCCUGUGCAUCAAACUCUCCUCUUCCCCUUCUUUCAUCUUUUUAUCAUGACAGUUAAUAAAUCCUUUUAAUAUUCUAUCCAAGAAGCAUCUUUCCAUUUUGGCCUGUAAGCACCAUACACAAAAAAUAAACUCAAAUGCAUUAAAGACCUAAAUAUAAGACCUGAAACAAUAAAAUUCUUAAAAAAAAAACAUAGACAAUAAACUCUUGAACAUUGGCAUUAGUAAUUUUUUUCCGGAUAUAUUUCCCCACAUUAGGGAAACAGCAGUGAAAAUAAACAAGUGGGGGCUACAGCAAACAAAUUCAGGAAAGCAUCAACAGAAGGAAAAGAGGGCUACUGAAAAGGAGAAUAUAUUUGCAAAUGAGACACCCAGUAAAGGGGCCAAUCUCCAAAAUAUAUGAAGAACUUGUACAACUCAACACCAAAAACCAAAUAAUCUGAUUUUAAGAUGGGCAGAAGGCCCGAAUAGACAUUUUUCCAAAGAAGACAUACAGAUGGCCAACAGGCACAUGGAAAGAGGCUCAUCCUCAUCAUCAUUGUCUUAGUUCUGGUCUCAUCAGCCUGUUGGUGGGUCUCCCUGCCUCUGCUCCUCCCUAGCAUGCUGUCAGUUAGCGGCCUGCUCCGCUACCUAACAAUCCCCCUGCCAGCUCCCCAUUAACUUCAGAAUAAAAUUAAAAAUUUUUAAGCAGUAAAUUCUUUCACAAUCUGAUCUCCACCUACUUUUUCAACUUCAUCUCCUCUCCCUCUUUCCUUGUAUGUCACACUCACAUGAGUAGACACACACAUACUCUCUCUCUGUACUUGUGCCAUACCAAAAUUCCCUUGACAUACCAAACUUUUGCACAACUUUGCAUUUAGCAUAUUCUUCCCUCCACUUGGAAUGCUCUCUCCUCUCCCUUCAACUGACAAACUCUUCACAUUUAAGACACAGGUUUUAAGUGACCCAGUGCCUUGACCACUUUGGUAGAAGUUGCUCUGUUCUCCAGGGUCCUGUGUUUAUCCUUGACAUGUCAUUUCUCCACUCCAACUGUUUUGAACUCAGGAGCAAGGGCUGUUUCUUUCUUUCCUCCUCAGUGCCUAGUAGUGUGAUUGGCAUACAACAGACAUGCAAAAAAAUGGUUAAUAAUAUAAUUAUCAUUUACUGCUGACUUCAAAUCUGGGAUGAGGUCCCAUCAUUUGCAUUAUAUUCCCCUGAGGUUACGUUUAAUCUUUAGGAAGACAACAUUUUGCAUUCAAAAUGCUGUCAAAGAAAACCAGCCUGUGUUCAGCUCCCCUCCCAACCCCCAGCAGAUACCGACCACCAGCUAAAGUACUCAUCCCUGAGGAGCUUUCACUCUUCUCAACACGGAGCUCCAGGUAGCCACUAUCCCCUGAAUGAAGUUGGCAGCUGAUGGGAAACCUGUGUGGGCCAACAAGUAGUUCAGAAACACAGGAUGAAUAUCAGAUGACCUGAAAUUCUGGUCCACCUUUGUUGCUGACAACUCUGAGAUACCUGUGAUGGCACUUCAUGUGGUGUCUUGUGUGACAUAGAUAUUCAACAGUUAAUUGUCUAUUAGUGAAUGUUUGUUACUGAACUCUCCUGCUUCAUUUUCUCUGUGCAAACAUUAGGGUAGGUAAUUUCCAAGCUGCUUUUGAUGGCUGGUAUAAGAAUAAAUAUAAUGAGGAAUGUGGAUUAACUAGGAUGAUUGAAAAUGUUAUGUGAAGAAUACUUUCAUUAAGCUAAAAAAAAUAUUAUGUACAUUGAAGUAGCAACUUAUAAACCUAAUUUAGUGUCUUACAGUUGAGUUACAACAACUGGGCACACAGGACACACCAGCAUAUAUUUUAAGACAAUUUCAAAUUUAUAUAAAUAACUGUUGCAAAUACAGUACAAAGAACUUUUUUCCUGAACUAUUUGAGAAUUUUUUUGUGAACAGAAUAUCCUAUCAUACUGGAAUACUUUGGCAUAUGUUUCCUAUAAGCAAAAACAUUCUUCAGAUUGACAGCACAGCCAUAGUAAUCAAGAAAUUCAAAAUAAUGAAUUACUACUC